AGAACCCACCUCACAUGGGCAGUUGCCAGACCGCGGUGGUCCCGCCUUCCCAACUCCAACAAACAAAAGCCCCAGGGCUAAAAUCACGACAACAAGAUUACCACUUCAUGCAAAGAAACAGAGGGUCUCAUUCAAGCACACCAACUCUUUCACAACAGUAUCUCUCUGAAGACACUGACGACAAACGAAUCAUAUCCCCCAGAUAUCCAAUCUUACCAAAACAACAUCUCCAAUGAAGGUCAAGAUUACCCGGUGGAAUACCGUCGCGACAUGGCGGUGGGAUAUCCCCGAAGAUGAUGUCUGCGGUAUCUGCCAAGUCCACUUUGACGGCACAUGUCCAACCUGCAAAUACCCUGGCGAUGACUGCAGCAUCCUGUCUGGCAAGUGUGGCCACAACUUCCAUAUGCAUUGCAUCCUGGAGUGGAUCAAGCAGGAUUCAGCAAAGGGCCAAUGCCCCAUGUGCCGUCAAAAAUUCGAGUUCACUGAUCCAAAGAAUGAGGCAAAUGAGAGCUAGGGGUUUCUCAUGGAAAUGAUUUGACAUGGUUGGCGUUUGGCGAACUGGUUUAGAGAUACCCAAGGCCCUUGUGAAGGCUCUCUUGGACUGGCGAAAAGACUUCCCUGUCCUGCUGGCCUUAACCUCCAAGCAUACAGGAUAUAAUGACACUGACAGAAAGGAGUCAAACUUCUAUUGAUUCCAGAUCAAAAGC